AUGCCCCCGCGGCCGGAGACGGCCGCUUCUGCACCACUCGGGCACUGGUGCUGUCCUUGCACUGGCACGGCCGCGCCGUCCCCCUUUACCGACUACCGUCACGGGAGUAACUCGCCUGACACUGGCGCCCAGGCUGUUUGCGCCGGCGUAAGUGCCUUUUAUGAUGGUGCAACGCCCCUCGGGCCUCCUAAGCACCCAAGCUCAGGAAUGGGCUUACCCGCUACUACUCCCAAGGACUGUGAUGCUUAUCAUUUUUCAGUGAUGGAAUAUACGUUUGACGGCCACUCUGUCAAUGCAGAAGUUGAUCCGACACACUAUUCCGAGUUGAAUAGUGUUACUUGUGAACAUUGUCAUUGGAAUGAGCAUAAUAAAACGGUUUCUGGACUUGAAGACUGCGGACGUUACAACAUGCUUGCACAUUUUCUUCAUGGGUGUAACAAGUCACUACCCAUUCAUGUCCCCCCUGGUGCACAAAAUACAAAUUGCGCUGGAAACAGUGAGUCAAAUGGAGGCAGUACUUGUGAAAUCCUGUCUUUAUCACCCAACAAAAAUUAUAUCUGCAAAUCAGAAAUAAUUUUUGAAAACAAGAAAGUGAACAGCAAAACUGUUCACAUAAAGACAGACUUUGGAGUGCCGGAACCAGUUGAAAAUGUAACAUACAAAGAACGUUCAAGAAAUAUUUCAAUCCACUGGCAGAAGCCAAGGAAUGAAUCGAAUGGUCCUAUUCAUGGCUACAUGGUCCGUAUCAGUUCUAUAACUUUGAAAACAGUGGAAACAGAUGUUUCCUCAAACACCAGUCACUUCUGGGAUGAACUGACGCCUUUCACAAAUUAUACUGUUUCUGUAUGGGCAUAUACUUUGAAGAGCCAAAAUCACAAAAUCGCUGGGAAGCAAUAUCCCCUACACAUUUCAACAAAUUCUGAAAAACCAUCAGUUCUGGAAGAUCCACAAGCUUUCAUACGAGGGAAAAAUAAUGAGGUUCGGAUUACAUGUAAAGGCCCAAACAUGAUUAAUGGACCCAACAUAACAUACACAGUGCAGUGGGAUGGUGAGAAGAAGGAAAAUAACUCAUGCGUCUUUGAUUUAAACCUUUCCUUCCUGACAACAUAUGUCUUUGAAGUACAUGACUCUGACGCCCUGAUUAUAUUUUUGGCAUUCCUUAUUAUUGUGACAACAGCGGCCUUAAUCAUUGUUCUGUAUAAAAUCUACGACCUUAACAAACAGAAAUCAAGAGAUCCAGAUGAAUCUGUGAUGCUUGUUCUUCCAGAUGAUGAAAAGCUACUGAUGAAUAUAGAGCCAAUUCCUGCAGAGUUGUUAUGGGAAAGCUAUAAGAGAAAGAUAGCAGAUGAAGGAAGGCUUUUCCUGGAUGAAUUUCAGAGCAUCCCCAGAGUUUUCAAUAAAUUCCCUAUAAGAGAUGCACGCAAACCUUACAAUCAGAACAAAAACCGUUAUGUUGAUAUCCUCCCUUAUGACCAUAACCGUGUGGAACUCUCUUCGAUCAUCGGUGAUCCAGGUUCCGACUACAUAAAUGCCAGCCAUAUUGAUGGUUUCAAAGAACCGAGAAAAUACAUUGCUGCCCAAGGUCCCAAAGAUGAGACAAUGGAUGAUUUCUGGAGAAUGAUCUGGGAGCAAAAGGCAACAAUUGUUGUCAUGGUGACUCGCUGUGAAGAAGGAAACAGGAACAAAUGUGCCAAAUACUGGCCUUCCAUGGAUGAGGAGACUGCCUCUUAUGGGGACAUCAUUGUGAAGAUAAGUGAUUGCAAAGUGUGUCCUGACUACAUUAUUCAGAAGCUGCAUAUCACAAAUAGAAGAGAAAAAACAGCUGCAAGAGAUGUGACCCACAUUCAAUUUACAAGCUGGCCUGACCAUGGAGUGCCUGAUGAUCCACAUCUCCUUCUCAAGCUACGGCGCCGAGUUAAUGCUUUAAGCAAUUUUUUCAGUGGCCCAAUAGUGGUUCAUUGCAGUGCUGGUGUUGGGCGCACGGGAACCUACAUUGGAAUUGAUGCCAUGCUGGAGGGACUGGACACUGAAGGAAGAGUGGACAUUUAUGGCUAUGUUGUAAAGUUACGACGGCAGAGAUGCCUCAUGGUUCAAGUGGAGACACAGUACAUCUUGAUCCAUCAAGCUUUGGUUGAGUACGUCCAAUAUGGUGAGACAGAAGUCAGCAUCCAAGAACUGCACAACUACCUUAAUAACUUGAAGAAAAGUUAUCCUGUCAAUGACCCUUCCCUUUUGGAAGCCGAAUUCCAGAGGCUGCCUUCAUAUAAGAACUGGCAGACACAGAGAGCUGGCAGCAGAGAGGAAAAUAAAAGUAAAAACCGGAGUUCAGUUAUUCCAUAUGACUAUAACAGAGUAUUAUUCAAACGUGAAGAGGAGGGUAAGAGAGACAGUGAACUGGAUUCCAAUGACUCCUCAGAUGAGGAAAGUGACUGUGAGGAGUCCGACAAAUAUAUCAAUGCUUCCUACAUAAGUGGCUAUUGGCUUCAAAAUGCAAUGAUAGCAACACAAGGGCCACUUCAGAAAACCAUUAGCGACUUCUGGUCCAUGAUUUACCAGAGAAAAGUCAAAGUUAUCAUUAUGUUGACUGAGCUGAAAGAUGGCACUGAGGAACUAUGUGCACAGUAUUGGGGGCAAGGAAAAGAGACCUAUGAUAAUCUCACUGUUGAACUGAAAGAUACCAACUGUUCUUCCAGCUAUACCAUUCGUACCUUUGAUCUAACACAUGUGAAGAGGAAAGAAACCCGAGAAGUGUUUCAAUAUCAGUAUCACAAAUGGAAAGCUUUUAGUCACCCUGAAUCUCCCCAAGACUUAGUUACCAUGAUUCAAAGUCUCAAACAGAAGCUUCCAGCACCACCUAUAUCAGCUGAAGCAAAUGUGUACAACAAGAAUGUUCCACUUGUUGUUCACUGCUGUGAUGGUUCCCAGCAAACAGGAAUAUUGUGUGCCUUGCUGAAUCUCUUGGAUAGCGCAGAGACGGAAGGUGUAAUAGAUGUUUUCCAAGUUGUGAAAUCUCUUCGUAAAUCCAGGCCGGGAAUGGUGUCCACUUUUGAAGAUUACCAGUUCCUUUAUGAUGCAGUUGCUAGGGUAUAUCCUGCCCAAAAUGGACAGCUGCAAACAAGAAAAUCCCAAGAACACGAAAUCAAUAUUCAUAAUGAUUCAGAGGAAGGAGAGGAGGCUAACUCUAGUUCAAAGGAUGUCUGUAUUCUGGUUCAAGAAAGUGAGAAAGAUGUGAACAUGGAGGAACAUUCCAAAAUCCCAGCUGGCUCCAGGGAAGCCGAAACAGCUCUGAAUGGACCCAACCAUUCCGGUUUUAACUGA